CGGGAAAGAGUGAGGUCUGGUAAAUAACGAACGAAGUUUCACUUUUAGUACAGUCACGACUGCUCGUGUCUACAAAAAUAAAUAUUGCUAUUGGUUCAGAAUUGGUUUUUGAACAAAUCGAAAAACGAGAAAAUACUGCUAAAAAUUUGUGCAUCUCUAUAAGAUGAAAGAACUAAUAACUCUGGUGAUCUUUUGCUUUUAUUUUGAAACUGUACAAAGCAAUGAAUCAGCGACAACACGAAUUCCACCACCAGAAGAAGCACACUGUCAAACACCUAAGGAACAAUCUGGAAUUUGUAUUAAUUUACACGAGUGCGAUGAACUCUUAACAAUAUUGAAAAGUCAGCCAAUUACCCCUGAAAAUCGACAUUUUCUGCGCGAAAGUCAGUGCGGACUAAAGAGUGGCUCAGUACUGGUUUGUUGCCCUAAAAAUAUGACAAAACGGAUAAAUACUCAUCUCCUGCCCGACAAGUGUGGAGAGCAUGUCGAAAGCCGAUACUAUGGGUCAUGGACUGAGUUAGACUAUUUUCCAUGGGUGGCACAUAUUCGAUCCAAUAGCACGGAUGGAGCAUAUAAUUGUAGCGGUGCUCUGAUUAAUGAAAGAUAUGUGUUAACAACAGCCCGAUGUGUAAAUGAACAUCAGUUAAAUGGCAUCGAAAGGAAAAUACUGUCUGUUCGACUGGGUGAACACAAUAUUAAUACAGAAAAAGAUUGUGAUGAUUUCGAGUGCGCUGAUCCUGCAAUCGAUGUAUUCAUUGAAGAAAUAAUUUCCCAUACUGACUACAAUCGAACCGAAUAUACUGAAGAGAACGACAUUGCCCUCAUUCGGUUAACUCAUACCGUUAAUUUUACCGAUUUCGUUCGACCAAUUUGUUUACCAAUUGGUUUUGCUUUAAAUAGAACCGGGUUCCAAGUGACUGGAUGGGGUCCGGACGGAGAGAAGAAACAGGAUUUCAUUCAAAGUGUGCCAUUGGAAGAUUGCAAUGAAAAAUUAAGAGUGCGAGACAAGAGUAUUAAUCUGGGUCCAACACAUUUAUGUGCGGGCGGUGAAAGAGGUUUCACUAAUUGUUUGGUAAACAGUGGCAACUUGUUAAUGACAUGGCCCUACUACCAACGCACAAACAAUUUAUAUUUGGCUGGAUUAUUUUCAUUUGGACCGGAUAAAUGUAAAUCAGAAGAAAGUCCAUCGGUUUACACAAGAGUAGAUGCGCAUGUUGAUUGGAUUCUAAAGCAUCUUCGCGCAUAAAAAUUUCUCAUUACAAACACUCGGUCUUCUUACUCACUUAACAGCCAUCGCUAGGCGGGGUUCUCUGACUCCACAACAUUAUUUCGCCAUCUCUAACGAUUUUCGGUAACAACGAUU